AUGCUGCUGCUGAAUGUGGUGCUGCUGUGGCUAGCAGCAGCAGCAGCAGCAGCAAAGGUAGGCCCAUACAGGGGCAACAGCACAGCUGCCUUCAUCGGCCGCCUGCAACCCAGCAGCAACAUUAGCUGCAGAGGCAGCAGCAGCAGCAGCAGCAGCAGCAGCAGCAGCAGCAGCAGGAAUGUGACAGGCAGAGUCCAAAGAUGGCUCGGCAGCAGCCUCACCCGCAGCAGCAAUAGCAGCAAUAGCAGCCUUUACAGCAACAAUGCCAACACCAGUAGACGGUACAGCAUCGGGGUCAGCAGCAAGAGCAGCAACAGCAGCAACAGCAGCAGCAGCAGCAGCAACAUUCCUGCUGACGUGAGUCCUCUUGCUGCUGCUCCUCUCUUUGAUUAUACAAAUCGCCACUUUCGUUAUUUGCUGCGGCUGCUGUCGAGGGAUUUGGUGCUGUAUACAGAGAUGCUGUCUCCUGUGCUGCAGCAGCAGCAGCUGCAGCUGCUGCAGCAACUACAGCAGCCCCACCAGCAGCAGCAGCAGGGCUUGGAUCCGGAGCAGAGAGAAAUGCUGCUGCAGCAGCUGCUGCUCCUACAGCCGCCGCACACAGCAGCAGAGCUUAAAGCAGCAGGAAGGGAUGCAAAGACUGUGCUGCAGCUUGCUGCAGCAGAUGUUGCUGCUGCUGCUGCUGCAGCAACGCUUGCUGCUGCAGUUAUCUCGAAUGAGCAGCAGCUGCUGCAGCAGCAGCAGCAGAUACUCUUCAAUCUUAACUGUGGCUGCCCCAGCAGCUGUGCUGCAGCUGGAGGGUUUGGUUUGCUGCUGCAGCGGGAGCCGCAAAAGGUUGGUGCUAUGUGCGCAGCAAUGCAAGCAGCAGCAGCAGCACAGCAGCAGCAGUACCAGCAGCAGCAGCAGCAGCAAGUUGAGGUGUCUGUGAAGUGCCGCCUAGGAAUCGUAGGCGAAGCUGCUUCGAUUGAGAGCUUCUUGCCGCAAUGCGAUGCAGCAGCAACAGCAGCAGCAGCAACAACAACAGCAGCAACACCUGCUGCUUCUGCUGCACCCCGUCAUUACAUUCUGCAUGCAAGAGAGGGAAUGUUGGGGAUGUCUUGCAGCAAAAGCAGAAGCAACAGCAGCAACAGCAACAGGAAGGCUCCUCCGCUGCAGUAUGACAGGGCAGCAGCAGCAGCAGCUGCAGCUGCAGCGGCUGCAGCGCAGCAGCAACCAUCACGACGUCUUUUCUUUACGUUGAAUGGGGGAAUAGAGAAUCUAGAAGAUGCAUCACGGCUGCUGCAGCAGUGCAACAGCAGCAGCAGCAACAGCAGCAACAACAACGGCAGCAGCAGCAGCAGCAGCAGCAUAUGCGGAGUAAUGAUUGGCCGAAGCCUGAAACAAAAUCCUUGGCUUUGGCUAAAACGCGCUGAUGCAUUCAUUGCUGCGCACCCCAUCAGCAGCAGCAGCAGCAGCAACAGCAGCAGCAGCAAAGGUUGCAGCAGCAAAGGUAGUAGCAGCGAAUGCAGCAGCAGCAGCAGCAGCAACAGCGUUGCGGCAAGCCGCUAUGAAGCCCUUUUAGCAUAUAUGGAGUAUGCGGACAGGGAGAUGCUGAAGCUGCAGCAGCAGCUACAGCAGCAGCAACAACAGCAGCAGCAACAGCAGCAGCAGCAGCAGCGGAAACAGGAAGCGUGUCUUGCAGGGUUUCGUCGUGAGUUGCUGCAGCCGCUGCUGAAUUUGUUUUCGGGUGUACGUGGAUCUAAUCACUAUAAGCACGAGUUGCUGCAGCAGCAGCAGCAACAACAACAACAACAGCAGCAGCAGCAGCAGCAAGUCAGCAACAUCAUACUGCGAGCCAUGAAACAUCUGCCAGACUCAGCCCUCCAUGAACUGAGGGAACCUAAACCCUUAAACCCUAAACCCUAA